AUGGCUGAUGAUACAGGACCUCGGAUCAACGGCAAUAGCCAUCAAAUUACCAAUGGUAGCUCUAGAAGUCACGAUCACACCUACCUCAGACGCCGGUGCCAUCCUAGUAAUGGCGAUUUCAAGCCUGGUACUGUCCAUCCCAACCUCGAGGCUACUACAUCGACCCUUGACCCCAUUGCCAUUUGCGGUCUAGGAAUUCGUCUGCCUGGAGGUGUUCGUAGUGCUGAAGACUUUUGGGACUUGUUAAUCAAUGGGAAAGAUGCACAGGGUCCAAUUCGCUCUGAUCGAUACAAAAUCGACAGCUUCAAUGGUGCCUUGGGGAAAAAGGGCGCCAUCAAGACUCAGAAGGGAUAUUUCCUGGACGACGAUCUAACGUCUCUGGAUACAUCUUUCUUCAGCAUGAGCAAAAAUGAGCUGGAAAAGUCGGACCCACAACAACGACAGCUUCUGGAGGUAACAAAGGAGUGCCUGGAAAGCGCUGGUGAGAUCAACUAUAGAGGUAAGAUGGUUGGAUGCUACGUCGGGACAUUUGGCGAAGACUGGCUACAAAUGAGUGCGAGAGAGACUCAGCACUCCGGAGGCUAUAUCUUGACCGGCCACGGCGACCUUAUGAUUUCCAAUCGUGUCUCGUAUGAGUACGAUCUUCGAGGUCCUAGCAUGGUCAUCAAAACAGGUUGCUCAGCUUCGCUUGUUGCUCUGCAUGAGGCAUGUCGAGCAUUGCAUAGCGGUGAUUGCAAUGGAGCGAUUGUUGCUGGGACAAGUCUCAUCAUGGGGCCGGCAACAACAGCGGCAAUGACUCAGGAAGGGAUUCUGUCUCCGGAAGGCUCGUGUAAAACGUUUGAUGCAGCGGCGGAUGGCUUUGCGCGCGCAGAAGCAAUAAAUGCGAUCUACAUUAAAAAGCUAAGUGAUGCCCUCCGGGACAACAACCCGAUUAGGGCUAUCAUUCGGAAUACUGGAACGAAUAGCGAUGGCAAAAGCCAAGGCUUAAUGACCCCUAGUAGUGAGGCCCACGAAGCUCUGAUCCGAAAAGUAUAUUCCGAUUCUGGUCUGAUACCCUCGGAGACUGGCUACGUCGAGUGUCAUGGAACAGGUACACCUACGGGAGAUCCUUUGGAGGUUGCAGCUGUUGGCAGAGUAUUUGGAGAGAAAGGUGUUCACAUUGGCUCGGUGAAACCCAACGUGGGCCACUCAGAGGGUGCAUCAGGUAUAACAAGCCUGAUUAAAGUCAUACUCUGCCUACAACAUGGGACUAUCCCUCCAAAUAUCAAGUUCAGUACCCCGAACCCUAAAAUUAAUUUCAGAGAAAGCCGUCUUGUCGUUCCGACCAAAGCCACACCUUGGCCGCAAGAUCGUAGUAAGCGUGCGAGUAUAAAUUCGUUUGGAAUAGGAGGAAGCAAUGCACAUAUAAUCCUAGAAUCAUCUGAUGCAUAUGUUCCUACUCCACGCAAGGCAUUCGAAAUUGACAUAGCAAGCAAGCUUCCCCAGUUACUUGUCUUUUCCGCAAAUACCCAGGAGUCCCUGCGUCGGCAAGUCCUCAAUAACACGACAUAUCUUGAAAUGUAUCUUGACCGGGUAUUGGAUAUGGCUUACACCUUGAAUCAACGCCGAGAACAUCAUGUGUAUAGAACUUUCUGCACUGUUGGCGAUGACAGAGCUAUGGGAAAAGCCGCGGCGGUAGCAAAGGUUCCAAUAGUUACGCCAGACCUUGUGAUGACUUUUAGCGGUCAAGGCGCCCAGUGGCCUACGAUGGGAAGAGAACUUGUACUCAAAAAUUCCGAAUUCCGAAGUGAUAUUGGAGCGAUGGAUAGCAUACUUCAGAGUUUACAGUAUCCACCAGCAUGGAGCAUCAAAGACGAACUUUUCAAGACCAAAACAAGCCAGAUUCACCGUGCUGAGAUGGCGCAGCCCCUGUGUACCGCGAUUCAGAUAGCUCUUGUCAAUGUAUUUCGCAGAUCUGGCAUUCAGCCAGUGGCUGUUGUUGGCCAUUCCAGCGGUGAAAUAGCUGCGGCCUACGCAGCUCGUGCUAUCUCGUUCCGCGAAGCUGUAAUCAUCUCUUAUUACAGAGGCUAUGUCGCUAAGAAACCAUCAGCUGGAAGCAUGGCAGCAGUCGGCCUUGGUGCGGACGCAGCGUCAAAAUUUCUGAAAGAAGGCGUUGUAAUCGCCUGUGAGAACAGUCCUAAGAGCAUAACUCUGUCUGGGGACGUAGGACAGCUUGAUAAGGUGGUAGCAGCAAUCAAGGAAAGCAAGCCCGAUGUGCUGGCUCGGGUACUGAAGGUAGACAUGGCAUACCAUUCUCAUCACAUGGUGUCCUUGGGUAAGGAAUACCGCCGUCUCGUGGAAGAAGAACUAGCCAGAAGACAUGAUUCAUCACUCCACACCGAAGAAUUUUCCACAAGCCGACAUCUUGACACCCUGUUCUUCUCGAGCGCAACAGGCGAAGUAAUUGAAGAUUCCGAGGCAGUGAACCCCGAAUAUUGGCAGAAAAAUCUUACCUCUCUAGUCCGAUUUGAUUCGGCGGUGCGUAGAAUGCUGCAGCGUCAGCGCAAUAACGUGUUCCUUGAAAUUGGGCCUCACUCAACUCUUGCUGGUCCACUUCGGCAGAUAUGCUCUGAAGUUGGGUUAGAUUGCCCCUACAUUCCAACGAUGAUUCGAAACAAAGAUUGUGCGGAAACUUUGCUAUCCGCUUGGGGUCAACUCUAUCAGCAAGGGAUUCCUUUCAGCUUUGAGCCUUUGACACGAGGCGGAAGUGUGCUCCCUAACCUUCCAUCCUACCCAUGGGAUCAUAGUGCAUCAUACUGGUAUGAAAGUCGGCUGUCGAAGGACUGGAGAUUUCGGAAACACGGAUACCAUGGCCUUCUCGGCGUACAUGUAGGAGAAAGCACAAUAUUUGAACCUUCAUGGAGAAACGUCCUAUCACUUGAGGACGAGCCGUGGCUCUACGACCAUAAAAUCCGAGGAGAUGUAGUUUUCCCGUUCGCCGGUUAUGCUGCCAUGGCUGGUGAGUGUAUUAGACAGGUAUCUGGGAUUAAUAACGGCUACAGCCUGAGACAUGUUGUUGUUCACUCUGCCCUAGUGCUCACAGAUUCCAAAUCGGUGGAGAUGAUUACAGUCCUCCGGCCUCAUAGACUGACCGAUUCAAUGGACUCGGACUGGUUCGAUUUUACCAUUUCAUCGAAUUCCGGCUCGACGUGGAUGAGGAAUUGCGAAGGUCAAGUCAAGCCUCGUCAGGCGGAUCUUGCGCGCUGUGAAAAUUUUCAUAUUUAUCCCCGCGAAGUAAAUCCUUCCAGAUGGUAUGCAGCCAUGACGCAAAUUGGGUUCAAUUAUGGACCUGAAUUUUCUGGGCUCACAAAGAUCACAUCUUCGACAACCGAGAACCUGAGCGUUGGGGAGAUUGAAAAUCCUUACCAAGAAGCACCCUAUGUGUUCCAUCCAACUGCAAUAGACGCUUGCUUGCAGUUACUCCUCGUUGCGAUGUCAAAAGGCAUAGGCCGCAAUUUUGGGCAUGUGGCUGUGCCUACCAGAAUCGAAGAGAUCGAGGUAGCUCGGAGCGCAUCGACGAUGAUGGCCAAAGCAGGGAAUUUGACCGCAUCGGAAGCCCCGGGGAUAGAUUGUGUAUCAGGGGGCCGGACUUGUCUCCGCCUUCGCGGCGUGUACUUGACUCCGAUGGACAAUGAGGAAGAUCUCGACUCAGCAUGGGAUCGACACGCAGCUGCUCGUUUGGAAUGGGCCCCCGACUUUGACUUCUUUGACGUAGCAUCCCUAUUCAAGCCUCCAGAGUCGAAAAUUGAAGAGACGAUGCUUCAAGAAGAAAUGACGUUGCUCUGCAUGGUGGAAUCGGCAGAGCGUCUCCGAUUGCUAGAGACAGACCAAUGGCACUUCCGAAAGUACCGAGACUGGCUCCACAAGGAAGUAGGCCGCGCCCAAAAUGGCUUACACCCAGUGGUCAGAAACUGCAAGCAGCUCGUCAAUCUAAACCCUUCAGUGCGGCGAGAUCUCAUAGAAGAACGCCUGAAGCAAUUGUCUUCUAUGGGCUCUAAGGCUGCCGUCGCCACAGGCAUAAAGCGCAUCAGUGACAAUAUCGAAGCACUCUUCACUGGAACAGCAGAUACGCUUGACACUCUCAUGCAAGGAGACGUCCUAACCAAGAUCUACAACGUCGUCAGCUUUGGACAUGGCGAGUUCGUUCGAAUGCUUUCGCACACGAAGCCAAAUCUUCGGGUGCUAGAAGUCGGCGCUGGGACCGGCGGGACGACCGUCUCCAUUCUUGAGGAUCUUGUAGACAAAGAUGGAUACCCUCUAUACUCACUCUACUCGUUUACAGACGUCUCUGCUGGAUUCUUUCCACAGGCAAAAGAAAGGUUUUCCCAUGCGUCAAACAUGGACUAUAGGGUUUUCGACAUAUCACGAAAUCCUAUUGAGCAAGGCUUUGAAGUUGCAUCUUACGACCUCAUUCUCGCCCCCAAUGUCGUUCACGCAACCCCAUCCCUGCACGAGACCUUAUGCAACCUUAGGCCUCUCUUGCGACCACAUGGUCAUCUAGUGCUCACAGAGCUUUCUGCCCUGGUUCGAGCUCCCAACUACAUUUUCGGCAAUUUCUCUGGUUGGUGGCUGGGUGAGGCGGACGGCCGGCCAGACGAGCCAUAUGUCUCGGUAGAUCGUUGGGACCAGGAGCUCAAAGCUGCAAAUUUCACUGGCGUCGAUACGGCCGUCUUCGAUGCUGAACAACCCUACCAGUACUGUGCUGCUAUCGUCUCUCAGCCGCUCGCUGAGCUUGAUGGUGGCUCUAGCAGGAGGACGAUCACAAUCCUUUGUGACGAAGAAACCAAUGAGAUCACCAAAAACCUUGUUGCGGAGAUUGAAUUAUUAGGAAUAGACUAUUUGCUUUCUAAAUUUGGUGAUCGCCCCCCACAAGGGGAAUGCAUCAUCACUACAAUCGACUUAGAGUCGUGUUUCUUCGAGAAUAUUUCAGAGAAUAAGUUCAGAGCCUUCCAAGACUUACUUUCUGAACAGCAUCAUCGAACGAUUCUCUGGCUAACUAGGCCCUCCCAAAUUCUUUGCGAUGACCCUCGCUCAGCGCAAACAGUUGGCGUUGCACGGACAAUUCGUUCAGAGUUAGCUCUGUCUUUCGUGACGCUUGAGAUCGAUCCAAGAGAAAAGGAGUUUGGAAAAAAGGUCAUGCAGGUUUUUGGAAAGAUCACAAGUAGAAAAGACGAUGGUACACUCGCGCCGGACCCGGAGUAUGCAGUCGAUGACGGCGUCAUCAAGGUUGGAAGAUAUCAUCCGUUCUCCCUUGCAGAAAGAGCUACGCCAGAAAAGUAG